AUCAGUCACGUGAAAGCCUACUGAGAGUCUGAAGAUUUGCGUCGAAGAUUCCCUCUCAAAAAUGUUCAAAAUUCCCUUUCUCGGCCCGAAGUGCUCAACAUUCUGUCUUAUUCUAAGCGUUUGGGGCAUUAUAAUGCUAGCUCUUCUCGGAAUUUUUUUUCGAUCGGGAGCUGUAGCACUGUAUGAAGAUGUAGCGAUAAGUGGCAAGGAGACAUCCAUGAAUUGUUUUAUUGUUGCUGGGAUAUACGUAGUCACAUUGGCUCUCUCGAUACAUCAGAGAUGGGUCAACAAACAACGUCAGAAAUACCAGCAAAUGUAGUAAGACAGUCACGUGACCGACAGAUGUAGUCCCACCUUGUAAUUGUUACACUAAGCAAAUUAGAAUUCAUUGUAAUUGUUUAAUCGUCAAUUUCGUAGUCUGAGAAUAACAGUAAUUGUGUUAUUCUAUUCUUUGCUUCGUUUGUUGACAAUUAGUCAAACAAUAAAUUUGUUUAUUAUUAUUAUCAGGAAC